AUGAACCAAGCAAUAGAUUUUACACAGGCAAGCGUUGACUCCUACAAAAAGCACGGCAUCCUUGGAGACGUCAUCCAUGACACAAGCUUCCAACCCUCCGGGAUACUUGCCGUAGAAUACUCACCAAGUGCGCCUGUUGCCAUGGGCAAUACGCUGCCCACUGACAAGACGCAUUCGAGGCCUCAAUUCCAAUUCACUUUCAAUAAGCAAAUGCAAACGAACAUAGCACAGGCGAACGCUUACGUCCCCCAGGAGGACGAUUUGUUCACACUGGUAAUGACUGAUCCAGACGCUCCGUCUAAAACAGACCACAAAUGGUCAGAAUUCUGUCAUCUGGUCGAAUGUGAUUUAAAAUUGUCAAACGAGUCAAUGCAUGAGACCUCUGGGACGACGGAUUUUUUUGCAUCUGAGUUAAAUACCAAGGGUUCGAACACACUAAUAGAAUAUAUGGGACCCGCACCACCUAGAGGUUCGGGCCCACACAGAUAUGUAUUCCUCUUAUUUAAGCAACCCAAGGGUGUAGAAUCAUCCAAGUUCACGAAGAUCAAGGAUAGACCGAACUGGGGGUACGGCACCCCUGCCACUGGUGUCUACAAAUGGGCUAAAGAGAACGAUUUGCAGCUAGUUGCCUCCAAUUUUUUCUAUGCAGAAACAAAGUAG